AUGGCUACAAGGCACGAACUCGACAACCGAGGACCUGAGCUGACGGCGGUGUGUUCGACGUUCGUUUCGCUUGCAUUCAUAGCCACUGUCCUGCGGGUCUACGUACGGGCACGCAUCGUGAAAGCCUUUGGACCGGACGACUGGUGGAUGGUGGUAGCAUUAUGUAGCCAUGUCAUGUUCGCUACUUGCGCCAUUGGCGGUGUUCACUAUGGCACCGGACGGCAUAUGGAUACACUCUCGUUCGAGCAACAGUACAAAGCAAUGCGGUACUGGUGGCUCUGCUACAUCGCAUAUUGCUGGGCGAUGAUCACAUCCAAAGUGUCUAUCGGCCUCUUCCUCCUCCGCGUCACCGUCAAGAAACUACACAAGUAUAUCAUAUACUGUGCCAUGGGCCUCACGGUUCUUUGUGGACUCAUCUUCUUCUUCGUCACCCUCUUCCAGUGCCACCCGGUCAGCUUCUUCUGGAACAAGAGUAUCGAAGACGGUACCUGCAUCGACGUAAACGUCAUCAUCGGUCUUACGUUCCUGUACAGUGCGAUUUCUGUCAUCAGCGACUUUACGUUUGCCAUUCUGCCCUUCUUCCUCAUCUGGGGCUUGAACAUGUCAGUCAAGACGAGGGUUCUGCUGAUUCCCAUUCUCGGCAUGGCUUGCAUUGCCAGUGUAGCAGUCUGUGUUCGCAUGGGCUACGUGAUGGACUUUAAGAACCCCGACUUCCUCUGGGCCACCGUCGACAUCGCAAUCUGGUCAGACAUCGAGCAAGGACUCGCAAUCACAGCCGGUUCCCUCGCCACCCUCCGCCCCCUCUGGCGACAGAUCUCCGAGAAGUUUGGUUUCACCAACUCAUCAUUCGGUCCCUCGGGCCCAUCUGGUAUGCGAACACCACAAUGGAACAACGACCCAACCAAGGAGUCGCGAAAGAAGCCCAGCCUUUUUAGCAUGACAAUGUCUCUGCUGAAGACAGAAAAAGGAUCGUCCAAGUCGGAGAUCGACGAGGACUAUGGAAUGGGCAAUCUCGCGCCUGUGAGACUGCGAGACGAUAUUUCUGCGGAGAACGAGAAGAGCGACAAGGUGUUCAACACCUGGAAAAUAAAGGGGGGAGGCAAAGUGUCCGAUGAAGAGUGCCGAAUUGGCGAAAUCACAAUGGAAACGCACAUCAACCAGAAGAACGAGAGGCGAUAG